GCUACUGCGGGCCGGUCGGCGUAGGUCGGCUCAGCGCAGCGCAUUCGUCUUUCAGCUGAUCAGUCAUAAACAACCACCAUGGCGGCGACGUCAGGUCUCCGUCUGCUGCUCGCCGCGGCCCUCCUGCUGGCCGUGUCCGCCGUCAACGCGGGGGACUUCGUCAGGAUUCCUUUGACGCGUGUCCAGUCUGCUCGCCGUCAGCUCCAGGAAGUUGGGACUGCAGUUCAACAACUUCGUCUUCGUUAUGGAGGACCCACGCCUGAGCCUCUUUCCAACUAUCUGGAUGCUCAGUACUAUGGUCCCAUCACCAUUGGCAACCCCCCACAGACCUUCAAAGUUGUCUUUGAUACCGGCUCUUCAAAUUUGUGGGUUCCUUCAAAGAAGUGCCAUUACACCAACAUUGCAUGCAUGCUUCACAACAAAUAUGACAGUGCCCGUUCAAACACUUAUUCCUCCAAUGGAACUAAAUUUGAAAUUCAUUAUGGCUCAGGCAGUCUCUCUGGCUAUCUCUCCACUGAUGUUGUGACUGUUGGUGGAUUGGCAGUUAAGAACCAGACUUUUGCCGAGGCCAUCAGUGAGCCAGGCCUGGCCUUUGUUGCCGCUAAAUUUGAUGGCAUCCUGGGCAUGGCUUACAAGUCCAUUGCUGUCGAUGGUGUUCUGCCUGUGUUUGACAACAUGGUCAAGCAGGGAUUAAUUCAGUCUCCUAUCUUCUCAUUCUACCUUAGCAGGGACCCUGCAGCCCCACAAGGAGGCGAAAUCAUCCUUGGUGGAUCUGACCCCAAACAUUACCAAGGAGACUUCACCUAUGUCCCAGUUGACAAGCAAACGUACUGGCAGUUCAAGAUGGACAAAGUGAAUGUUGGUGGAGGCAAGUACACUUUCUGCCAGCAAGGGUGCCAGGCCAUUGCUGACACGGGAACCUCACUUAUUGCUGGGCCUGUGCAAGAAAUUAACAAGCUGAACCAGGCUCUUGGAGGAACACCAAUCAUGGGUGGAGAAUACAUGAUUGACUGCAAGAACAUCCCAAGUCUCCCCAAGCUUGAUUUUGUCAUUGGUGGAAAAGCUUUCUCCUUGGAGGGCAAGGACUAUGUUCUGAGGGUUGCUCAAUUUGGCAAGACAAUCUGCCUUUCCGGCUUCAUGGGCAUCGAUAUUCCUGCCCCUCUAGGACCCCUUUGGAUUCUGGGUGAUGUUUUCAUCGGCAAGUUCUACACAGAAUUUGAUAUGCAGAACAACCGUCUUGGCUUUGCCGAAUCUGUUUAGAAUCCAAGUUCCAUCUUAUCUCCAGUUUCAUGUUUUUUUCCCUACUGAUUCUUUUUUUCCAUAUUUAUUAUGGAUUAGUUAUUAUUGCAAUGUAGAGCUAAGAAAGCCAUGUCAUGUUAUUUAAUUGUUUUUUUGCUAAGAAAUUGAGUAAUGAAUAAGAACAAAUGAUCCUCCUUUUAUACUAGUGAGUUUUGGAACAAGUGUCUUGUGAUACAAAUGAGUGAAAUAAAACAGCUUUUUCUUAGAUA